UUAGUAAAGGAGCACAAACUGUGCCAUACAGGGAUUGAGACCUAGAGAGGAGUGAGUGAGUGUCAAGGCCAAUGCCAGAGCUGGCAUGGAGCCCAAGCCUCCUGGCACUUAACUCAGGGCUCAUUUCCUUCCACUCAGUUUCCUUAUAAAUGGCAAUGGUUGUCACUUCUGCCCAGUAUCUGCCCCUGAGAGCCCCAAGACUUGGAAUAGAGGGAGGAGGAAAAUGAACAUUAAAGGGAACCAUGAUUCUGUAGACCAGAAAAGGGAACAGCCUUCCAAGAGCCAGACCACAUCUCAGGCCAUGGCUUGGGGGACCUAGGAGAAAGAAUGGUAACUGCAGCAGGGACAGUGGGUCUAAAUGUUGGUACACUCCUUCUUUUAACAGUUCCAGCCAAAGGUCAAGACUCUGUCAAAGGUCAUGUCUUGGUCAAAGGACAAGAUUCGGUUAAAGGACAAGUUCCAGUUAAAGGUCAAGAUCCAAUCCAAGGGUACAAAGGUCCAUUAUUCCAAAAGGAUGGCACCUGCCCUGAAAUAUUGAUCCGGUGUGCCAUGUUAAAUCCCCCUAACCGCUGUGGGAGCGACACUGACUGCCCAGGGAACAAGAAGUGCUGUGUUGGCUCUUGUGGGAUGGCCUGUAUGAACCCCCAGUGAGGUAAGGACUGGGUAGAGGAAGAGGGCUUUCUGAGGGCACAGAAGAAGGCUGAGUGGUGGGGAAUGAUCUCAGACUAGCGGGGAAGAGGUUAUGGGGAGGUGGUGGAGAAACUACAGGGCCUCAGAGGCCAUAACUGGGGUGCUGGGAGGGGAGAGAUACACGGAGUUGAUCCUGCCUCCUCACUGCCUUUGACCUGCUGAGAGACAUCCCUGAAUUUCUUCUCUCUCACUAGGUGGAGCCUCUCCUCACUGCAACUGUGAAGUCUUCAGGACUACAGUCCACUAUCUGGUCUUGGAGCCCCAUAGCACUAUCCCCUCCUACAAUGCCAUUCUUCUUCUCAUUCAGGAUGCCCAAGCCUGGGGCUGCCUUUCUCAUCAACUUUCCAAUAAAAAGACCCCUUUUUGCUGCAUUUGUUUCUGGGUGCUAUGAUUUGUGAGCCCCUGGAAGCUCUGGGGAGUCGGGUGUACAGUUGGGACUCCCUCUUCCCAAUGCCGAAGGGAGAGGGACCCACGAGACCUGUUCCCUGCAUGUGAAGGAGAUCAGGGACAAGAACAAGAGGCUUCUUCUUAGACUUAAUAUUAGAAAUCCAAUAGUCAACUGAAGUACUGCGGUCUCCGUUUCACCAGGAAACGGA